AGUUAUUGUCAGAACAGCCAGUGAAGCACCGGUGAAAGUAGUAAAUGCAUAAGAGGAAGGCUGAUAAUAUCGAAGGGAAAAUAACUGCAUGAAGGUGAAAUAGUAGUGAGAGAUACAAACUGCGCGGGAAAAACAGACGACAACAACUUUUAACGGAAAAGGAAAAGUGAAUAAUUAGAAAAUAACAACGAAAUAAUGUCAGUAAGGAGAAAGAAAGAAGAAAAAACAGAUUUAAAAUUUAUGAGAGGAAGAACAUAAUUAUUUAAAAGAAAUUUGUUUUGUGAAUAUGAAAGUGAAAGUAAAGUUGUAGAUGGUGGUGGGUUGCAGGAUGUAAAUGGAACAGUUUAGUGAGAAAGAUAAAGCAAAUGAAAAGGCAGGCAGCUGUUGAGUGUUUUAUCUCACAGCCAACCAAAUUUAGUCGAUCGAAUCACAGCAUCAUCAGCAUCACUAUCACUGCUGCAAACAACAUAUGCGUAUGUCGUCUCUCUGUUGCUAGUGGCUAUCUGCUGUGCUGUUAUCGAUACAAAAGCAAAACUGUUGUGUCUCUCGUACGGCAUAUUUUUUGUAGUUGACCAUUCAGAACAACAGAUGUAGCUGGUUGAAUGAAGGUUUCUCUUUUUUGCGAUAUGCUUAUUUACCAUAACAGUUGUGUUAUAAACACUCAUGAUUACGAUUAUAUAUAAAAAAAAGUGCUCCAAAAUUUGUGCAAAUUACGUGUCUAUAGCCUAAUAUAAAUAUAAGAAUAUUUGUAUCGAUAUUUAUAACAGCACAUAUUAAUUGUUAUUAUAAUAUUAUUAUUAUUUCUCACAUAGCCACUUUUGAAAGAAUUAAUAUAAAAAUGUUAUCCAGCACAUGGGUAACCGUUACGUUCAUCGCUGUAUCUCUCAGUGUACAGGUAGUACCCUUGGAAGUAUCCGCUGUAUCACCCCCCAGUAAAAUUAAUACUGGCACCUGUACGUAUAAUUUUGAAGUUUGGAAACCCGAUGAAAAUAUCAUAGAAAGAAUUGACAAACUGGAAGGUGGGACGGGUUUAAUGAAUGCAACUCUGACCAGAGACCUUCUUAGUUUACGUCUGCAGGUUUUGGCAAAAGUAGAUGAACUGGAUAAUGCUACAGCGUUGCUUCAAACCAAAGUGAAAAGUCUGGAUACUCACCAUCGAACAAGACAUCCUCAGGCAAUGAAAUAUGCCCCCAAAAAAUCAGAGAUCGAUAGUAUUUGGAAUAGUGUUGGCGCAGUGACCAAUAGGCUGGAAAGGAUUACGAGUCAAAUGAAGAAAAUAAAGAAUGAAGAUGGGAUAGACAACCUUCGUUCAGUUGUCGGUGAUCUGAAAGCAGAAUGGAUAGUGAUGAAACGUGAGUUACAAAACAUAAGGGCCGAUGGAGACCAAUCGCGGAAGGAGCAACAGCAGAUUGGUGUUACAUCAGUAGGUAUGAAGCAAAACGUGAAAGGACUACAAGGUGAUAUCGAAACAAUUAAAAAAAAGCAAGAAGAGCUAUUUGACUUGGUUAGAAAACUGACGCGAUCGAGAGACGUUUCACUAAAAAACUCCAGCUACGGCAUGCCGUACGACUCAGUAGCACGAGUCGAAUCUGAAUUGGCCAAUUUCGAAAACAAGAUACGUAAUUUGCACGCCAUCUACAAUCAACUGGAUAAAAAAAUGAACAGCAUAAUUAGAACGAUAGAGAAAGGAAGGAAAACUAUGGUUCACGGGAAUGGAAGCAUCAACGAAGGAGUAGUGCCUAAUAUGUGGUCAGCUUUCGGCAAAUCUGUCGACCAGAUAGCUUAUCCGUCGACACAAAGAGCAGCUGCAGAUACAGUUGAAGAUCGUACAGUCCCGAGAGAUUGCCAUGACAUCUACACUAGUGGUCAGUACCUGAGCGGAUUGUACCAAAUCCAACCAAAGAAUGCCCAGCAGUUAGAUCAUGUGUAUUGCGAAAUGAUAAAUGGAACUGGCUGGACUGUAGUCCAACGCCGACUAGAGGGCCUCACUAACUUCACUCGAGGUUGGUUGGAAUAUCGCUAUGGAUUUGGUAACCCUUAUGGUGAGUUCUGGCAAGGAAACGAUUUUCUACACUUGAUGACGUCACAAAAACAAUACAUUCUACGUAUUGAUCUCUGGGACUGGCAAGGAACCCGUCGCUUUGCCGAAUACGAAUUCUUUGAAGUAGGAUCAGAAUGGGAUAAAUACAAAUUGACUAUUAGUGCAUACCAAGGUGAUGCAGGAGAUUCUCUAAGUUACCAUAACGGCAUGGCAUUUAGUACUAAAGAUGCCGACAAUGAUCUUCACCGUGAACACUGCGCCGCUGAGAUGAAAUCCGGUUGGUGGUUCAAUGGAUGCUUUUCCAGCAAUCUCAAUGGAGUCUAUCACAAGGGCUGGUACACUAACCGAGGCUCGAGUUUCCCUGAUGGUAUUGUUUGGUUUACUAUGAAAGAAUCUGAAUAUUAUUCUGCAAAGAAAGUUGAAAUGAAGUUAAGGCCCAAGUACCUCUAGGCGCCAUGAUAGCAGAAAUUAUCGUCUGCCUAGAUUGCUAGAUGAGUAGAUCGUCUGAUAAUUGUAACGUUGCUUCUAAUUCAAUUGAAUUUGUUACUUAGUAUACUUAGAAAAUGUUUUCCUUAAUAUGUUUGUCAAUAUUCAAAUAAUUUAUAAACUCAUUGAAACUAUCUACCUAUUUUUAAAAAGUAUUUCGAUGAGGAUGUACCAGUGAAAAUGAGUGUCUGUUGUGAAUGUCAACUGUUUAAAUCUCGGUGUUUAUUGACUCUUUUAUAUAUUUUAUAAUACCUGCAAGUAUUUAGAAUGAACAAUGGUUUAG